UAUCCGUAUUCUCCGGGAUCCACCCGGAAUGUUUUUGUAGCUGUACACAUUCAUAUCCCGCCGUUAUAUUCAACCACGAACAUGUCCAGCACUGUAAUGACAGGCAACCACAAGGAUCAACCAAUGUCUGCUUUAGAGGAAACGAGGACGAGUCUUUGCGAUCAGUUUGCCUCUGUCUCUGGAUCGGAUAGUGCCGUGGCGCAGUGUUAUCUAGCAGAAAAUGAAUGGGACAUGGAGAGAGCCUUGAACUCUUUCUUUGAAGCUCAUAUGGAUUCAGUCUUUGAUGUUGAAGACACAGAAGAAACUAAAUAUGUGCCUGGGAAUAAGAGAAAGGGGGUGAAUUCUUCUGACACUGCUGAUACUUCUGGAACAAAGAAGAAAUUUAAGACGGAUAAGGUGGAUUGCAUUGACUUGACAGCAGAGGAACCCACUUGCUCCAGCAGUGUGAAUUUGAAGAAAAGUCCGGCUGAAAGUGGCGUAACCGAAUCUGAUGCUGAGGACAGCAAGCUCUCCAUCAUCAGCUGGAAUGUGGAUGGUUUGGACACAUUAAGUCUUGCAGAGCGUGCCAGGGGCUUGUGCUCAUAUCUAGUUCUAUAUACACCAGAUGUGGUUUUUCUUCAAGAACUCAUUCCAACUUACAUUCAGUAUCUUAAGAAACGUGCUGUCAGCUACCUGUUUGUUGAAGGGAGUGAUGAUGGUUACUUCACGGCAAUAAUGUUGAAGAAAUCAAGAGUAAAACUUUUGGAAAGUGAGAUCAUCAGUUAUCCUACAACACAAAUGUUGAGAAAUCUGUUGGUUGCUCAGGUGACUUUCUCCGGUAAAAAGCUGUACUUGAUGACAUCACAUUUAGAAAGCUGUAAGAACCAAUCAGAGGAGAGAAUGAAACAACUGCGGGUCAUACUUCAAAAGAUAAAAGAAGCACCAGAAGAUGCCACUGUUAUUUUUGCUGGAGACACUAAUCUCAGAGACACUGAGGUGGUAAAGGUGGGAGGUUUGCCUCCAGGUGUGUGCGACGUAUGGGAACAGCUGGGCAAACAGGAACACUGCCGAUACACCUGGGACACCAAAGCAAACAGCAAUAAGACUGUGCCUUACAUCAGCAGAUGUCGCUUCGACCGCAUCUUCCUUAGGUCUGCUAAAACUGGCCCAGGAGUCACUCCUGACCACAUGGCCUUGGUUGGAAUGGAGAAACUAGACUGUGGACGUUAUACCAGUGAUCACUGGGGAAUUUACUGCACUUUUAACACAUGAUUAUUAAAUACCAAAAAGACCAAAUGUCUUCCAUAUAGAAGAUAGUUGGUUUUAAAGAGUUGUGACUUUUUUGAUGAAGAGUGCCUUCAAAUUCAGACUACAGAUCAGUGUAAGAAACAAAGGCAUAUAGAUAAUAAUAGGAUGCAUAGCUGGAUAUAAAAUACUGGAAAAGGAAACAUUAUUGAGAGAGUGGUUUGAAUAAAAUGGUUUAUGUUUUUAAACCGCAGUACUCA